UUUCUACAUUUUAUAAUUUUUCAUAAUAAUUAAUCAAAGUUUAACUUUAUUUACACUACCAAUUUUCAAUCAUAUUUCCAAUGUUAUUACGAUAAAUGUAAUAUACAAUAAAAAUGGUUUGUCGCUUGUAACGUAGUAAAUAAAUUAUUAUCGUUAGUUCAUAAUAUUUAUUUUUUCGCAAUUAUGAAUUGCACAAAAGUUUUGAGAUGCAGUUCACAAUUAACCAAACUACAAAAAGUGUACAGUUUUUCUGCUAACCGAAGAUUCGCUACCAAAACUAGUUCACUGCAACAAUGGUCAAAAGCUAUUGGAGUUUCCGCAGUGGGAGUUCUAAGCGCAUUAGCCUAUUACGGAAUCUCUUCUAAUCCAACUGUUCUUGCGUAUACCAAAAGAAAGAGAGGCGAUGACGAAUACUUGGCUGGAUUGCACUUGACAACGCGCGAGAAGCGGUUCAUUAAAUUUGCAUCUGUCGAAUACAAUGGGCAACUCUACAUGACUCCACAAGACUUUUUGGAAUCGUUUGUCGACGAACAGCCUCGAGACCGAUUGAAAAGACACAUGCUUUCGGAUAGCGAUUUGGAAGAAAUGCGAAAGAAAAUUCCUGCGUUGAAAAAAGGAUCGUCGCAACUUUUCCGUUCGCUGCGGGAUAAAGGCAUUAUAUCGUACACGGAAUAUUUGUUUUUACUGUCGGUAUUGACCAAACCUCAAAGCGGUUUUCGCAUAGCGUUCAAUAUGUUCGACACGGACGGCAAUCACAAAGUGGAUAAAAAUGAAUUUUUGGUGAUAACGAGGCUCGUAGCUGGAAAACCAGCCAUCAGAAUAGAUCUAAGUAAACAGGCUAAGGAAAUUUUAUCCCAAUUGCACUUGAAAGAAGUACCGAUCAUCUACCGAACGCCGGACGAAGACGCUAACGGCAUUAUUCGAGCUGCUGAUAGUUUGAUGGAAAAAAUCUUCAGUCAGUCUUGGAAAGACAAACACGGCGUGUCAAUGGCCGACAAAGUGGAUUCGCAAAACGUCGGUGUCGACGAUUUCGUCGACGACGCUCAAGGAUUGCAAAAGAAACAUAUGGUCGACACGACGUUGAUUGUUCAUUUUUUCGGCAAAAAAGGAGACAACGUUCUGGUCUACGAAGACUUCAGAAGAUUUAUGGAGAACUUGCAGACCGAAGUGCUGGAAAUGGAAUUUCAACAGUUCGCCAAAGGAGGAGAUACGAUUAGCGAAAUGGAUUUUGCAAAGAUUCUGUUGAGAUACACGCACUUGGAUACGAAUUUGUGUGACUUAUACUUGGAUCGGUUGUUGGAAAGAAUCAGAAUAGAAAAAGGCAUACCGCCCGGUAUAUCUUUCGACGAGUUCAAAGUAUUCUGUCAGUUUUUGAACAAUUUGGAAGACUUCACUAUCGCUAUGCGGAUGUACACGCUAGCCGAUCAUCCGAUAUCCAAAGACGAGUUUCACCGAGCAGUCAAGAUAUGUACGGGAACUAGUUUGAGUAAACAUUUAGUGGACACGGUGUUUUCAAUUUUCGACGAGGACGGCGACGGACAUUUGAGCUACAGAGAAUUCAUCGCUAUCAUGAAAGAUCGUUUAAACAGAGGAUUCAAAUCAUAUACCAAAAAUGAAGGAUGGGAUGCCUUCAAAAUUUGUUUGAAACACGAAAUAAAAACUCCCAAUUAAAAACAAAAUAAAGAGUAAACUUGUAUUUGAAAUUAUAUUUUUAUUCUUCUCUUACAUCAGUUUCGUUUUUGUUAGCUUGUAUAACUCACGUUUUCUGUUUUAUUCAAAUGCUAAAAACAUUUAUCAGAAGAGUAUAAGUUAAAUGUAUUUUUGGACAAGAAAAAAAA